AUGAAGAGAGAGAGAGCACAUAAACCAGAAGCUGGACUGAGAGCUGACAGCAGAGACAUUCCUGUAGGGGGCAGAGUGACUCUGAGCUGCUCUGUGACAUCAUCAUCUGGUUGGAAAUUCUUCUGGUACAGAGGAGAGAAAACCUCUGAACCUCUGACCAAACAAGAUGCUGUUUUCAUCUCUACUGAGAGAAUCAGUGUCUCACAGGGAGGAGUCUACUGGUGCAGAGGAGGAAGAGGAGAGACACUUUACUACACAGACUACAGCCACUCAGUCCUCAUCAACAACAAUGUUGCAAACAGGGCUGUUGUGACUCUGCAGCCAAACUGGUCUGAAAUAUACAGAGGAGAGACGAUCACUGUCAGAUGUGACAUCAAGGACGGAGGAGACACUGAGUGGGAGUAUGAAUGGAAAACAACGAGCCGAAACAAAUCUUUAAAUCAAAAUGAACACCGUGUUAGAUCUGCUUCUGAAUCUGACAGUGGGACCUACAGCUGUAGGGGCAGAAGAGCUCAGCAGUCUGCAACAGAGUGGAGUGAUCCCAUCAAACUGACCGUAUCAGACAAUCAACCUGAACCUGUCCUCACUGUGUCUCCAUCAUGGCUGAGUCCUGGAGACUCAGUGACUCUGAACUGCAGAGUUAAACAUCCAUCAGCAGGAUGGAGGUUCUCCUGGUAUAAGGCUGUUCCCAAACCAUCAGACAACUCCUACAGCUAUGAGCUGCUACCUGACAGCACCACUGGGACUGAACAGGAUUCUGACAUCGUUCAUGGACAAACACACACAGCAGGAUAUGUGUGCAGAGCUGGAAGAGGAGAUCCAGUUUAUCACACUGAUAACAGUCAACCUCAGUUUGUCUGGUCUGGAGAUUUUGGUUCCUCAGCGUCUCUCACAGUGAGUCCUGACAGAGUGCAACACUUCACCUCUGACUCUGUGUCACUGAGCUGUGAGGGAAACUCUACUGAGUGGAGAGUGAAGAGGUUUACUGAUGGCUACCCGCGAGACUGCCCCAGCUCCAGCUCCAGCUCCAGCUGGGGGACAAUGACUGGAUCCACAUGCAACAUACACAGUGGCUUUUAUAGUAUUAGUCAUACUGGUGUGCACUGGUGUGAGUCCAGAUCAGGAGAGUUCAGCAACGCAGUCAACAUCACUAAAGAGAGUGAUAAUAUUAUCCUGGUGAGCCCUGUCCAUCCUGUGACUGAGGGAGAUUCUGUCAGUCUGAGCUGCAGAUUGAGAAGACGGGAAUCUGUUUCCACUGUGUUUUUCUAUCGAAAUGAGGAACUCGUUCAGAACGACACCAGAAGGGAGCUAAAUAUCUCUGCAGUGUCAAAGUCUGAUGAGGGCUUCUACAAGUGUGGACACUCAGGAGAAGAGUCAGCUCAGAGCUGGAUGUCAGUUAAAGAAGGAUCCAGUCCUGAAGGCUCUAAACUUCCUGUGCUGUUGAUUACUGGGCUGUUGUCUGGAAUCGCACUUGUUGUUAUUAUUAUUCUGCUGGUUUUGUUUUGCUACAGAAGAACCAGAGAUUCAAGCUCCACCAGGCCAAUCCAGUCUGAGAGCACCAAUCAGGGCUCUGCCACAAGUCACAUGGUCGACCAGAAUGAAGGUGAUGCUUCUGUCUAUGAAACAAUCAAAGUCUCUGAAGACUAUGAAAAUGAUGCAGAUGAAUCCCAGGAUGCCACCUCAAGUCACGUGGUCUAUCAGAAUGAAGCUCAACGUAGUGAAUACUCGUCUCUUCUCCACUGUGAUGCUUCUGUCUAUGAAACAAUCAAAGGCUCUGAAGACAAUGAAAAUGAUGCAGAUGAAUCCCAGGAUGCCACCUCAAGUCACGUGGUCGACCAGAAUGAAGCUCAACGUAGUGAAUACUCCUCUCUUCUCCACUGUGAUGCUUCUGUCUAUGAAACAAUCAAAGGCUCUGAAGACUAUGAAAAUGAUGCAGGUGAAUCCAAAGAUGCCACCUCUUCUUCCAUUGAACUAAAAAAGAUUGGAAAGGAAAGUGGAGGUCCAAUCCUGGAAAGUCCUGAAUUCACUUUGUAUGAAGGAGAUGGUGUGGUUCUGAGCUGUAAGCCUCAUGAUCCAGGAAAUGAGAUGGAAGCUACCUUUAUCAAAGGCGGCUCACUUGUUGGAAGGUCCGAAUUUUAUCCGUCAUCCAGUAAAGCAGUAAUGUUCAUUGGUCCAGUGUCAGCAUCAGAUCGGGGCUCUUACACGUGUCAGUUUGAUGACGGGAAAGAAUCCGAACAGAAAGAACUGAAAGUGGAAGACUGGCUGUCUGCCCAGGGUCGACACUCUUUCUCACCCAGUGUGAGCCUGGAUCCACUCCAGCUCCCUGUGACCUGCAGAGGAUCACUGGGACACAUUAUGGAGAGUAAACCAAAGGCUGGACUGAGAGCUGACAGCAGAGACAUUCCUGUAGGGGGCAGAGUGACUCUGAGCUGCUCUGUGACAUCAUCAUCUGGUUGGAAAUUCUUCUGGUACAGAGGAGAGAAAACCUCUGAACCUCUGACCAAACAAGAUGCUGUUUUCAUCUCUACUGAGAGAAUCAGUGUCUCACAGGGAGGAGUCUACUGGUGCAGAGGAGGAAGAGGAGAGACACUUUACUACACAGACUACAGCCACUCAGUCCUCAUCAACAACGAUGUUGCAAACAGGGCUGUUGUGACUCUGCAGCCAAACUGGUCUGAAAUAUACAGAGGAGAGACGAUCACUGUCAGAUGUGACAUCAAGGACGGAGGAGACACUGAGUGGGAGUAUGAAUGGAAAACAACGAGCCGAAACAAACCUUCAAAUCAAAAUGAACACCGUGUUAGAUCUGCUUCUGGAUCUGACAGUGGGACCUACAGCUGUAGGGGCAGAAGAGCUCAGCAGUCUGCAACAGACUGGAGUGAUCCCAUCAAACUGACCGUAUCAGACAAUAAACCUGAACCUGUCCUCACUGUGUCUCCAUCAUGGCUGAGUCCUGGAGACUCAGUGACUCUGAACUGCAGAGUUAAACAUCCAUCAGCAGGAUGGAGGUUCUCCUGGUAUAAGGCUGUUCCCAAACCAUCAGACAACUCCUACAGCUAUGAGCUGCUACCUGACAGCACCACUGGGACUGAACAGGAUUCUUACAUCGUUCAUGGACAAACACACACAGCAGGAUAUGUGUGCAGAGCUGGAAGAGGAGAUCCAGUUUAUCACACUGAUAACAGUCAACCUCAGUUUGUCUGGUCUGGAGAUUUUGGUUCCUCAGCGUCUCUCACAGUGAGUCCUGACAGAGUGCAACACUUCACCUCUGACUCUGUGUCACUGAGCUGUGAGGGAAACUCUGCUGAGUGGAGAGUGAAGAGGUUUACUGAUGGCUACCUGUUAGACUGCUCCACCUGGGGGACAAUGACUGGAUCCACAUGCAACAUACACAGUAACUGGUAUGGUGAUACUGGUGUGUACUGGUGUGAGUCCAGAUCAGGAGAGUUCAGCAACGCAGUCAACAUCACUCAACUGAGUGAUAAUAUUAUCCUGGUGAGCCCUGUCCAUCCUGUGACUGAGGGAGAUUCUGUCAGUCUGAGCUGCAGAUUGAGAAGACGGGAAUCUGUUUCCACUGUGUUUUUCUAUCGAAAUGAGGAACUCGUUCAGAACGACACCAGAAGGGAGCUAAAUAUCUCUGCAGUGUCAAAGUCUGAUGAGGGCUUCUACAAGUGUGGACACUCAGGAGAAGAGUCAGCUCAGAGCUGGAUGUCAGUUAAAGGAUCCAGUCCUGAAGGCUCUAAACUUCCUGUGCUGUUGAUUACUGGGCUGGUUUGUGGAAUCGCACUUGUUGUUAUUAUUAUUCUGCUGGUUUUGUUUUGCUACAGAAGAACCAGAGAUUCAAGCUCCACCAGGCCAAUCCAGUCUGAGAGCACCAAUCAGGGCUCUGCCACAAGUCACAUGGUCUACCAGAAUGAAGCUCAACGUAGUGAUGCUUCUGUCUAUGAAACAAUCAAAGUCUCUGAAGACUAUGAAAAUGUUACAGAACAGCAAUAA